CGCUGCGGCUGAGCCUGCAGGGCUUGGAUAUGGCCCAUGGCAAUGCUGCAUCGGGUUGUGAAUGUGGGCUGUGCAGUGUGCACAUUCACUUCAUCUGGACCAGCGUUCAGCCUCCUUAAUUUCCUGAAGGAGGAAGGGGAAGCAGCGGUUGGCCCUGCUUGCGGUCAAUCAAGGAAAUGUGGCCGCCAUUGAUAUCUGCGCAGCCAUGAUUUUGAGUUGGCGCAUUGCAACUGGCCUGGAGCGCUGACUAUUGAAGCCCCUCACAAGGGUUUUGGUCAGGAAUCCCGGUAUUUGUAGGUGAUAGGUACCUUCAGCUGGCUCAGAGCAAGUUAUUACAGCUGAAAACGGUGUGUAAUACAAGGUGGUCUUCAGCACGGUGCUUCUUCUGCGGUAGCCAGAAGGCUGGCCCGGUUGCAAGCUGUGUCCCUGAUGGACGCCAGCACCCACGCUGCGACCGGCGGGAGCACCUUGGGGCAGCUGCCCCAGAGCUUGGAGCAGCUCAGGUUCCUUGCGGGGACUCUCCAGGGUGGGGCCGCCCCGCAGCCCUGGCUCUCGGCAUUGGCACAGAUGGCGGAUGGCCAGGACACGCUGCGCCUCUGCUUCAACCUCGCCCAGGAUGCAGACGCCGACGUCUUCUACCAGAUUGUGUUGCACACCCGCCACCCUCUUGACGUCAACAUGUGCGAUGCCGCCUUCAGCCCCCCCGCUGCUCGCACCGUGCUGGCUGCCCUGCGCCUGGCCGGCCCUCGGUUGCGCGCCGUGUGCCUGCGCGGCACCUGGCUGGGGCGCAGCAGCGUCAAGGCGCUGCUGCAGGACGGCCUGGCGUGCACCAGCCUGGACCUCAGCGCGUGCCGCAACCUGCGCGGCAAACUGGGCCUGGGGCCCAGCUUCGCAGUGCUGACCACCCUCGUGCUGGACGCCAACCCCGGCAUCCAGAACCUCACGCAGGCCUGUUUCCCCGCAUUGCCCCAGCUGACCAGCCUGAGCCUGUGUGCCUCUGGCCUGGCCAACCUGUGGACCACGUGCGCUGCGCUCGCCCCCCUCACCUCCCUGCGCCAGCUCGCCCUUCAAAGGUGUGCCUGCUGUGCCCCCGCCACCACGGCUGCCUGCACUGGCCGCCCCGCCGCUCCCCGCUCUCCGCUUCCGCCUGCCCCUCACCAGCGACCCCUGCCUCUUCAGUGGGCCACAGCCCUGGCGGAUGAGGACAGCUUUGCGGACGACCGCGACUCCCCCGCCUCCCUGCCGCCUCUCUCGGAAGACGACUCCAUCCCCAUGCUGGUGGAGGUGUCGGAGGGCAGCGCUGCGAGCGCGGUGGAGGAGGAGGGCGACGACGGCGAGGUGUACGCCACGCCGCGGCCGUUCCUGUCGCGCCACCUGCUGGACCUCACCGACGCACUGCAGGAGGAAGCGGGGGCCCCCGACGAGCGCUUCUUCACGCCCCUGCUGCGCGCAGAGUCGAGCCUGAGCGGGGACUUCUCUGACAGCGGGGCCAGCAGCCUCACGCUGGGGGCAGCCUGGGAUGACCAGGACGCAGCCACGUGCUCAGCGGAAGCGGGGCCGUCGCGGCAUGGGGGCUGGAAUGACCGGGUCGAGCAGCAGGAGGGCCGGGAGGGCCACGGCGAAGCAAUGGAGCAUGAUGCAGGCCAGGAUCGCAGGGGGCACAUCGGAGGGGAUGACACGAGUGGGGCGCCUGAGCAGGACGCAAUGGCAGAAGCAGGGUUCCCGGGGAGUGUGGCGGAGGAGAGAGGGGAGGGCGGGGCGGCCAGCUACGUGGAGGUGUCGCCCAUCUGCGCGGAGCAGCAGUACCGCACGUUCAUGCUGGUGCACCUGCCAUCGCUGACGGUGCUGGACAACAAGCGCGUUGCCGCCACAGAGCGAGAACAGGCAUCCGCGGCGUACCGGGACCACUUUGCUGGCCCCCCUCCCCAAGACUGCCACUCGGGGCGGGUUCUGGCCGCCAUGCGAGGUCGCGAGGUGGGCUCUGGGGGCCGCGGCCCGUCGUGCCUGGCGUUGCGGCGCACGCUGGGCGGGGCGGUGGCGGCGCGCAGCGUGUGGCCGGCCAUGGGGGCGCUCAGCGGCGUGGUGGCGCCCGUGGCUGAGGCGGGGCGGCGGUACCGGCCGCGGCAGUUUGAGUACAGCCCGCGCGUGGCGGGGCUCAUGGUGCUGGGCACGCUGAGCGGGGAGGUGGUGGUGCUCAACCACGAGACGCAGCAGCUCGUCGGCCGCGUGCACACGGCCGGCGCGCCGCACUCCGUGCUCGGCCUCUCCUGGCUCAACACGCACCCGGCCAAGCUGAUUGCCGGGUGUGACAACGGCGCCAUCCAGAUGAUCGACGUCGACAGGAUGCGCGCCUCCCUGCUGGCCGCAGCCCGCCGGUGUCCGCGCCUCGCGCAGCCGCUUGCCCCUGACUCCGCCCUAGCUCGCCUGGCCACUGGAGGAGGGACCUACGCCACAGAGGCAGCCACCCAGACGUACGCCGCGUUUGAGCAGCUGACGUCGGUGCACGUCAACUGCACGGACCAGGUGUUCCUGGCCAGCGGCUACUCCAGCCACAUCGGCCUCUACGACAUCAACACCGGCAAGCGCGUCCAGACCUUCCAGGACCUGCACCGCGAGCACAUCAACGUGCUCAAGUUCGCGCACCACAGCCCCUCCCUCUUCGUCACCUCCUCCUUUGACAAGGACAUCAAGAUGUGGGACCUGCGCAUGCCGGCGGUGCGGCCGCUGUACACGGUGCGCAGCAGCAAGGGCAACGUCAUGUGCUGCUUCAGCCCCGACGACGCGUUCCUGCUCAGCAGCGCGGUCGACAACGAAGUCCGCCAGCACUGCGCCGCCGACGGCCGGCCGCACCUGACCUUCGACCUGGCGCCUACCGGGUCCACGCACAACUACACGCGCAGCUACUAUAUGAAUGGGCGUGACUACAUCAUCAGUGGCAGCUGCGAGGAGAACGUGGUCCGCCUCUGCUGCGCCAGGACGGGCCGCCGCCUGCGCGAUGUGACGCUCGAGGGGCGGGCCAUGAAGGGGUCGCUGUAUGUGCAGUCGUUGCGGGGGGACCCGUUCCGGGAUUUCCACUUCUCUGUCCUUGCUGCGUACAAUACACCGAAUGCAAGGUCCGAGAUUGUUAAGGUCAAUCUUCUUUCUAAAGGGGAAGCCAAGGCGGGUAGAAUUCACAUGGAGAUUGAUGAUGACGUGGCUUUGGGUGCUUGAUUGUGCAAACGCAAGCAUGUAUUGCCCAGCUUUGGUACCUUCUUGACGAUGAGCCUUGCCACCUUUGCCACAGAACUACUAACAACUAACUUGGAUUGUCUAGAUUCUUGUGUUUUAUGUAAGUAAUUGGAUUUGGAAACUGUACCUGCUUGGAACUUGGUGCAACUUUCGUAAUCCUGGGUGAGGGAAAAAAAUCUCAAUACUCAUCAGGGUAUGCCUUGC